AUGAGUCUAUCGGCUCAUUCAGAACCCGCUCUGGUCCUGGAUCCGGCCAUGUUGGCGGAGGAGGAUGACUCCGAGUACGAAUAUGAGUACGACCAAGUUGACACCGAGACUUUCUACUUGAAUCUUGACCUGACCUCCAUCCACGGUCCUAUUCGGCCCCCUCGACGCCGUGACCCCGCUUCUGCUACUGCUGCUCCCACACCAGGAUCAAUCACUACUCCCAUCGACGAGAACAAUGAACCUGCCAUUGACAGUACCGAGGUCGACAGCCUUUCUUCCGAGCGCGUUCAAAUCCUAGGCCUUCAUACCCCGAACCCCAUCGUCUCUUUUCAGAACCAAAUCUUUAGCUGUACGUGGGCAGACCAGAUCGGCACCGAACUGCUCUUCACGCACCCCGAGACCGGUCCCGAACCUGGCCCCGAGACUGGACUACCACCGCUACCACCAUUGAGCCAUGGCAAGGACUUUGAUCUAAUCGCCGCCAACAGUGCCAAAAUCCUCGGUCGCAAAGCGAACUUGAUCUCCAGUUCCGGCGCAGGGCUAUCGCAGAAUCCCCCGAGUCAGCCAUCCGAUGCGUUAGCCAUACCCCGCAGGCCAGGGCCACAGACGAACCAAGCGCGAUUCCUGGAACGACUGGCCGCUCUCAAGAAGCAAAGGGGGGAGACCGAUACCGUGCGGACGGUGUUCAGUACAAGGCGCACUCAGAAUCUGGAGGACCGGCUACGGGGUUGGGCUCGGACGGAGGAGCAACUGGCAGAGAUCCGGCGGCUGAACGAAGCUACCCUCCAGGGGGAUACCGCGGCGCUGAAAGCAUUGGAGGAGCUCUACACAGAACUCAACAACGAGGCCUUGUCAUUGGGAGUGCCUGAGCCCUCGACCCAGCCGCGUUGA